UUUACUCGCCAUCAGACGAUAAAAAUGAGGAAGAGUUGAUUGGAGUUGUAGCAUAAUGGAAUGGAGUGAAAGGAAAUUCUGUUAAGAUGAUGGAUUGGCUUAAAAAGGGAUCUGGAUACAAAUUACUUUUAUCUGUUUGUGUCGUAGUUACAGUCUUAGGAAUCUUAGUGUUAGGUUAUUUAUGUUCGGAACAAGUGUGCGCCUUCAAUAGAUGGAGUUAUUCCCAAUCCAGGUAUCACACCUGGAACAAAUUAAGUCUCAAGCACAUUUCCGAUAAUAUGGGAAAGCCUAUAUCAUUUUUAUCCAAUCCUCUUCAUUCUCUACCGAGAAAUAAACUGUCGUACGAUGAUAUGGUCAAAGAAGAUUUCGAAUUCGAUAUUAAAGGAUCCGAUGUUAUUGUUUUCCUGCAUAUUCAAAAGACCGGAGGGACGGCUUUCGGUAGACAUUUAGUAAGAGAUUUAGAUUUAGAGCAGCCGUGUCAAUGCAAGAAGGGAAGAAAAAAAUGUAAAUGUUACAGACCGGAUUCAGAAGAUAGAUUUUGGUUAUUUAGUCGUUAUUCAACUGGUUGGAAGUGCGGUCUGCAUGCAGAUUGGACUGAAUUAACUAAUUGUGUUGACAGUGCCAUGGACCAAACCGAAAGAGAAUCGUCAAAGAGAAGAUAUUUUUACAUUACACUUUUACGUGAACCUGUGGCUCGUUUUUUAAGUGAAUAUCGGCAUGUUCAAAGAGGAGCUACUUGGAAAACAGCAAAACAUUUGUGUGGAGGAAGAGUACCAACACCAGAAGAAUUACCUUUGUGUUUUACUGGUGAAGAUUGGACAGGUGUUACUCUUGAAGAAUUCAUUCAAUGUUCCUCCAAUUUGGCCAUUAAUCGUCAGACAAGAAUGCUUGCUGAUUUAACACUUGUGGGGUGUUAUAAUACAUCUAUCAUGUCUAGACACGAAAGGGAUAUAAUUAUGCUUACCAGUGCCAAACAAAAUCUUAAAAAAAUGGCCUUUUUUGGUCUGUGUGAAUUUCAGAAAAUAUCACAAUAUCUUUUUGAAAGCACAUUUCACUUGCAUUUUUUACAAUCUUUUGAGCAAUUAAAUGAAACUCAUAGUAGUCUUACUAUGAAUGAAAUUUCUUCAGAAGAUUUAAAUAAAAUCAGAAAAUUAAAUUAUCUUGAUGUUCAAUUGUAUGAAUUUGCUAAAGAAUUACUAAUGCAAAGAUUUGAAUACAUGAGAAAAACAGAAUCAAAUUUUGAAGAAGUUUUUGAAAAUUUAGGAAAGAAACGAAAUCAAAUUGAAACACUUUUUAAAACUGGUUUGGAUGAAUCGUGACAAAAGAUUAUUAUAGUUUCAACAGUCUAAAUAUCUGAAGAAAAAUAUCAGGUGACUGAAAUGGAAACUUAAUUUCUUACUGUAGACACAAAAGAAGAUUACAAAUCUGCAUAAAAAAAUAAAUAUAUUUAAACAGUAUUUAUGAUUAUAAUCUAUAUUUUGUCAUUUCAUUAAAGAUGUAAAACAGGUGUGAAAUAUCCCAAUUAGCUUUUAUCUGAUUUAUCUAGUAGCUUUAAAAUUUUUCCUAGCAUAAUUGAUCUCAGAUGCAGUCAUUCUUGUAUGUAUUGUAUAUAAAACUUAGCAUUUUGACAAUCUGUAAAAUACUCACAAAGUGUUUUUGAUAAAUUUAUAUAAAUUUGCCUGAAAAUUAUAUACUAUUAUGAAAGUUUUUUUUAUAUGGAAUUAAAAAUUUUUACUUAAGUGUCUCUUAAUUUAAGCAAAAUAUGUAAUUUUGUUUAAAUAAGAUAUUUUAUUUAAAAAAUAAAACAACUGAUGAAAGUUUGGUUAUCAUAUCUACAAAGGGUUUAUAAAAAUUGAAAAUAUGUUAAUAAUGUAAUCUAAACAUUAACAGUAUUACUUGUUUAAUUCAAUACUUGCAGUAAGAAUUAUACUGUAAUACUAUUUUUUUUUUUAAAUUAAUGUAGAGAUAUUUCUUUAAAUUUUAUAAGAUUUGGAAAAUAUUCUAAAUUAUUGGAAAAAUGAAAAACCAAGAAUAUUGUACAGGCUUAUUUACUGAAAUUGAUUAAUUAAUGAUGCAGACAGAGAAAAUUAUGAAAGUUUUAUUGGAUUUAUUUUUUAUUUAUUAAAAGUAUUUUUUACAAUUAACAAGAACCUACUUAUAAAAGUAUACUAAUAUUAUUAAAAUCCGAUAGUUUUUGUAUGUAGCAUCAGAAUUUCCAUUUAAAAUAUAAUGCAGCAAUUUAUAGAAAAACAUGGUAUGUAAUAUCAUAUUCUAUUAAUUUUGUAGAGUAUUUUGACUAUAAAAUUGAUAAAUUCUAUUUGAAAGUAGCAUUUAUUAUUUGUAUUAUUUAUAAAAAUCUUGAUCAACAUUUUAAAGAUUAUGGUUAUUUAAAACUUUUUCAUAGAAGUAUUUUUGGAAUUUAGUAAGGACUCAAUUAUAUUAAGGGAUGUGCUGGCCGAUUGAGCAAUGACUUAGAGAACUAGUACUGGUAAAUUCUGACAGGAUGAGGUAUGUUUUCUGUUCUCUAGAAUCAUUGAAAAUUUAUCUAUCCUAAAAUUGCCAGGUCAUGUCUGAUAUUGCUAGUCUGCCACUGAUAGAAAAUACAUCCCUUUUAUUUUUGUGAAUAUAUUAUGUAUUAUUGCCUGGUAUCUUAUAAAAUUAUUAACAAGAAUAGAUUGCUGUUGUUACAGAUUUUAAUACAGAAAGGAUAUAUAGAAAUAAAUUUAUAUUCAGAUAUAAUAUUCUUAUACAGUAUGUAUAAAAAAAUUUUUACUAAUCAUAUUGCACUAAAGAACCUGUAUAUACAUAUAAAUAUAAUUAUAAUUAUUGUUAAAUGUAGAAUAAAUUUGAAAUAAUUAUAUUAAAAUUGCUCAUUGUUUUUUAAAUAGUAUAAAAGGAUGGUAUUUAUUUAAUUUGAUAUAAGAAGUGUUUCCUUAACUUUUAUCUUAAUCUAUGAAAUAAUUUUAUUUUAUUAUUUACUUAUUUUUACUUUAAAUAUAUUUCAAUUAAUGAUUAUAUGUAUUUGGAUACAUCAUCUUAAUGUAUUUAAUAGUUAUGUAUAUGUACAUAAGUCCUUGAUAUUUCUCAUAAUUAAACAUACAUAUAUGGUCAGAAUCAAUAAAUUCUUAUAUACAAAAGUGAUUUAAUUUAAAUGAUAUGAGUAAUUUAGCACAUUUCAAAGUUUGAUUAUAAUCAAUUUUACUUAAGAACAAUUGCAUAAUCACUAAAAUAUUGUUUAACUUAAAAUUUUGUACAGUGAAUUAAAAUAUCUAUAUUCUGGUGACUUAAUUGAUACUUGUAUACCAUUAUAAUCAUUUAAAUAUAUUUAAAUUGUUGGAUAAAAUAUUGCCUUUUGAGCACUCACUAUAUAAAUUAUAAGCACAAUUUGUACAAAUUAAUGUAAUUAUAUAAAUACUUGUAUGUAUUGUAUGUGAUAUCUAUUUUUUAAAAUUAUGUAAAAUCUUAAAUGUUGUAUGAGAUUUAAUGUUUUAUAGUAUUACUACAAGUUUUGAGUCAUUAUAAUGUAAUAUUUUAUUAAUAGAAUUUUAAUGUUUGCUUUUUCUUUAUAUUUUUUGCAUAAGUAAUUUAUC